GCUCUAUGAGCGUGGAGAUCAGCCAAGCCCUAGUCACUACCAAGCCCACUCUCUUCGAUUUCUUCAGCUUCACGCUUUCACCGGUCACUUGCUGGCUCUCGGCAGCCGCGCUUCAACCGACCCUUGCGGACUUUGCUUGAGGAAUUAAUCCGAUUUAGGUUAACCACACCUCACUGCCCCUUGUUUACCCUCAUACUUUCCACAGUUGACCUCUUUCAGGAAAUGACGUCAAGGGACGUGUCAAAAGAGCAAGGAAGAGUUAUAAAGGACAAUAAACAACUGGAGGUAUUGCUUACUGUGUUUUGAACACCGCUUGCCGAUGUUUUGAGCACUUGCACGCGUGAGGUAGCCCGCAGAGAAGCACAACUGUCCAAACACCCACUCGUGGAAGUGCACGUGUUGAUGACUACAUCUGCAAGCUGCAUUCCAAUGCUCUUCGAGAACUGGAAAGAUAAUCAACCAAUUAACCAAUAUACAGCAGUUCGUUCUUACAAACAUCUUUUUCUUGGUCACAAAACCCACCGCUGAACGACAGAGGAGAAAAAAAACAUUACCGGUUGUUGAAAAUGCAUUUCAUUACUAUGUGCAGUUUUGAAAUACUCAUGCUUUGUGCAUGUAGUAUGAUACAAGGGGGCGUAUCGUUACAAGUUACGGAGACCAAAAACUCUGGAAUACAGGAGGCAGACGGAAAGAAUUCUUUUGACGAUAGUACCCGAAGAAAACCGAUCGACCGUGAUACCUUGCACGAAGACGAUCCAUACUCCCUGAACGAUGAUAUCUCUAGAGAUAAAGACUAUGACACAAAUACCCCGCCCAAUCCUCGGCAUAGAAGAUCAAUCGAUCGAGAUUUACUAAGCGGUAACGUACCAGCUGAGGGGAAUUUCUCGAGCACUACAAAUCCCCCACUGGCUAGAGAGGUAGGCCAGUCACCGCCAACGCCUUCCUUGUUUAAAGAACCGAACAGGACCAGGAAAACAAAAGCCCAUUACGCCAGGUAUGCGCAAAAAAAGAAGACCAACACGAGCAGAGAUGUUACACUGAAAAGCGAACUAAGAGUGAGCAAAGACCUUGAGAAAGAAGAGUUUACCAAGCAAAUGAACAGGCCGUUCUUGUUUUCGAGACCAUCCGGCAAUAGCAGUGCUAGUACGCCGAUUGACGCUGUCUCGGACAUGGAGAACUCUUCUGCACUAAACACCUCCAGUGGGAACAGUACUGUGCACCAAGUGACCGAGUCCCCCAACCGAUCACCUGACCACGUCAAGAAGGCUUUUGGUGUCGGGAGAACUAUACCUGCUCGAGCGGUAGAAGAGAACAAAAAAUCUAGAGAAUAUGAGUCGUCUAGAAGAAAAUCAUCUCUAUCCGGGACGGUAAAAGUAAAUAAAAGGCUAUCCGACAUUCAAAGGAAAGAAAAGCAUGCUUCAAAACGUGGCCGUCGACAGAGAAACAAAAGCAAGUCAUAUCGCCACAGAAAAAAGAGCUCAAGCCCAACUCCCCGUAGACGUCAUCACAAUUCAGAACGAGGCAACGUCCGCUCUGAAAUGAGCACGACCAAAUACAACAAAGACGCAGGGGCCUACAUUCCCGGCGCUGCUCUCACCACCACAACAGCUUCUAUCCCCCUCAAACUUGUCCCAACUCACGCCCACACAGAAGAGUCCUCUUUGGAUUCUGAAGUCUCCGAGGAUGGCAGCGCCUCGUGUCCUAACUGUCCCAAGGCCGGGGUCACGGAGGAUGAUGUCCGACAGUUAAGGCUGGAGAUGUUCCAGGAUCUGGUCAUGAGAAAGCUGCGUAUGACACCAGCGGAUCUGUACGAGGAUGUGGACGAGUCGGCCGAGCAGAUCCCGCUGCUCCCUGACACAGUGCUGGAGCAGACGCUCAGAGACAACUCCUGGGAGGAACCUGGAGACGACUUCUACGCCAAAGAUCAGAAGAUCGUCAUCUCCGGCAAAAAAACGUCUUGAAGCGCCGUAACAUCAUUGUGAGAGAGGACACGUUCCUCAAGGAGGACUGGGUGACUGUAGAUUUGACCCGUGUGGUCAGACGGUGGGUGGAGAGACGUCGACCCCAAGUCAAGGUGGCCAUUCGCUGCAAGACAUGCAUCACACGGAACCCCAAGGCUCUCUAUGGGGCUAAGCAUGGUUACACCCCACUAUUAAUGAUCACAUACGCCGACAACGACGAGAGAUAUCGCGGCAAGAGGUCCACAGAUGAUGAGUACUGUAACCCCAAGACUAACUGCUGCAAACGCCCCCUAGUGGCCCGCUUCCGUGAGAUCAACCUGCACAACAUCAUGUAUCCUCGGAAUCUCACAGUUGGCUACUGCUUCGGGUCGUGCAAUGCUAUCAACCAGUUCACGUUCAACCACACAAUGAUCAAGCAACGCAUCCGCCUGGGUGGCCAUGUGGACGCCUCCAUGCGUAUUCAGUUGCAGCCGUGUUGUGUGCCGCUGCAACUCAAGGACGCCCUCAUCCUCACCCAUAGCAACGGCACCGUGACCCGGAGACUGUUACCCCGUGUCAUAGUGGAGCGAUGUGGGUGUGUGUGACCUGUGACCCCCAGAUGGAGCCACACAGAAUCAAGAAAAGAGAAGGAAGCUGCAAUGGGAGAGUUAACGUCGCAAACAGCCCCAUUUUGAUAAAGAGGGACACUCAUCGCUUUUGGGGGGAAUUUAAUUACAUGUAUUAUUAUUAUGUACAACCCCUGAAAACAUCACCAUGAAGACAGUUUUGCUGCUUUACAAUUAGCAGAGAUUCAUAUUAUGACAUUUGUGUUGACUGAUGUGUCAAAUGUUUAUCAUUAAUACAAUCAAUCAAGCUUAAAUCUUUAAAAUAAUUGGGAGAGAACCAUUUUACAGCUGCAACUUUAGGGCGGUCUUUGCAAUAAAAUGCAGCCCCAGUCUGUUCCUUCUUUUUCGGACCCAGAGAAUAAUACAUUAUGCUGUUGUUGUGGAUUGGGUGGAGGGAGCCGGUGCUUGGAAUGCAUUAUUUAAUAUUUAACAUCCCCCAGCUUGUUUUUAUACGCUGAUGGUCCACAAUAGCUGAUUGAAAUCAAUCUUGACCCUAACUAGUUUGACUCAAAGCUCAUCUAGUUCCUCGAAAACAAUGAAGAUUUAGAUCGAAUUCAAUUAGUUGUAUGAUUUUGAUGUGUAUGAUUUUGAAAGAUGUUGAUAUUUUUGUUGUUGUUGACAGCGUCCAAACGUUAAGUCCAUUUUAAUUUUUUUUAAAGUCAGUUUCUGCUAAUUUAAAUGUUGCUAUAAAUCUACUCUCCUUUUCUAUUUCUAAACCAAACUGAAGGAGAAUGGUUUACAAUGCCUCUUUUUGAGGCAGUACAGAGGAAGAAAUUAGAACUUAGUUUUGAAAGAUAUAAACACAUUAGAAACUGUGACCCAACUGAUAACAUUUGUACAAAAUGAAGUAGAAGUAUAUUAUGGGAGGAAUCUGAUGGUGAAUUGCUCGCCCUACUUUUUGUCACUCUACUGUUAAUAUCACGGAGCGGAGCAUGAGAUGUUGCACUUCAGAACGCUGACAGAGUUAAUUGAAGACCAAGAGUGCGGUCAAAAAUUCGUGGCGCAACUUAUCUUCUAAUGUCUUUUUUUAUAU